UAGAGCGCCAGAAACUGCUCACUGACGGAAGAAGAAUAUCCCGGAAGUAGGUGGAUGCAGGCGCUAGUUAGCUAGCUACUUCACUUCAAAAUACUGAUAAAAUAUGUCCAUAUGCCAUUUCUGAUACGGUUGUGAUUGGCAUAGACAUUCUGUCAAAAAGUAUUAUGUAACUCUAACGAGCUAGACGCGAGGAGGCGCAAAACAACUUUGGUAACUUAGCUUGUUUAGCUAACAAGUUAGCUGUCAAAUAGUUUCACAACUGAUCCGACCCCGUUCUGAGGUGACAGUUUGUUUCAGUGGAAAUUUCUCCAAACCCCAAAGCCUACUGAAGAACUGUUGGGUCGAUUCACGAUGGAUGAGGACGGGGAUGGCAGAUCCAGCCUGUCUAACUCCUGUCCCACUCGACCUAAACCCACACAGUCACCAGUUCCUGUCAGGAACCAAAGAACGCUGCAGGGUCCCAAGCUGCUAAAAGUUGACUGGGAUUCUCUUUUUAGAGAGAGACAACCUCCAUCAGGAGCAGAUAAACAAAACCAGGAGAAUCAGCAGAAACCAAAGACAUUUCACGCCUGUCCAGUGUGUGGAAGACACUGCCAAAAGUUAUCCAUACUGCAGAUCCACAUGAGAAUCCACACAGGAGAGAAGCCGUACCCCUGCCCCGACUGUGGCAAGAAGUUCGCUCACCUGGGAGCCAUGAGAAGACACCACCUCACACACACGGGAGAGAAGCCUUACUCCUGCUCUGUGUGUGGGAAGAGUUUCACCCAAUCGGGACAUCUGAAAGAGCACCAACAGUCUCACUCCGGAGAGAAGCACCACUGUCUGAUCUGUCUGAAACAGUAUAUCAGAGCAGAAGAUCUGAAGAUUCACCACAGAGUUCACACGGGAGAAAGGCCCUACCGCUGUGCAGAGUGUGGCAAAGAGCUACAUCAGGUCAAAGAAUCUCCGGGCUCACAAGCUGACUCACCAGAGGACAGGAGGUGGUGGUAAAGGUGACAGGGAGAGGGAGAUGGCAGCUACUAUCCAGGUGAAAGUGAAGGAGGAAGAGGAAGAGGUUGGUGGCUUUAUCAAUGCUGAAGGAGAGGAAGUUGGCUGGAGUUUCCCUGAUCUCAGAGAGAGUCCUGUCCAUGGCUCUGGUAGUGAAGGAGGAAGUCCCCCUACAUCACACAUCAACAAGGAUCCUGGUGACCAAUCCAGCACCCAAGCUACAGAGUCCCAGGGUCCUGAUCCAAGACAUGAGGAGGACAUCACUCCAACACCUGGGAUGAACAUUCAUAUUGUAGAAGAAGAGGAGGAGGAAGUGGGUGGUUUCAUCAAUUCUGAAGGAGAAGAAUUUGACUGGGGUUCUGUUCAACAUAGAGAGAGCCCUAACUGUGGCUUAGACAGCAAAGCGAGUCCCGCUACAUCAGAACAUCCUGAACACCAGGAGAGUCCCAAAACUAAGACGUCCCACUGCUGCUCAGUGUGUGGCAGAGAGUGCUACAAGCUUUCGGUACUACAGAUCCACAUGAGAAUCCAUACGGGAGAGAAGCCGUACCCCUGCCCCGACUGUGGCAAGAAGUUCGCUCACCUGGGAGCCAUGAGACGACACCUACUCACACACACGGGAGAGAAGCCUUACUCCUGCCCUGUGUGUGGGAAGAGUUUCACCCAAUCAGGACAUCUGAGGGAGCACCAGCAGUCUCACAGUGGAGAGAAGCCUCACCUGUGUCUGGUCUGUGGGAGAGGGUUCUCUAGAGCGUCAGACCUCAGGAUACACCACAGAGUUCACACAGGGGAGAGGCCGUACAGCUGCGACUACUGUGGGAAGAGAUACGGCCGCUGUCAGAAGCUACGGGCUCACCAGCGAACACACCACAGUGACAGGACCCACGCUGAUACUGGAGAGGAGACGGAGUGAUUAACCAGGAGGCUUUGAACAUAAGACAUGAUAAGCUUAGUAUUCCUAUAGGUGAUGUUAGCUGGCUGGACAAAAACAAUGAUACACUUUGAUCACCAUCAGACAGGAGAACAAUAGACUCCAUUGGAACAGACAUAGUUCUAAAUUCCACCUAAACGAUUCACAGAAUUCUGAUGCGGGACACAGGCUGCGGGGGAGGGGACAGACGCUGGGUGAAGAUUCCCACAAGUUCCCCUGCCUGAAUCCUAACCUUAACCAUUAGUGGGGGAGAUGCAAAACUGACCAGCGUCUAGGGGCAACUUCACCCUACUCCGUUGGGGGAAAGAAUGGGGAGGCUUUAUCAGAAAGUGUUGACAGUAGAACUAUGGGUGUUUUGUUAGUAGGGUGGACAAACACAACUAUUCAACUUAUGAUGAAGAACGAUAGGCUCGGUUAGAACAAUUACAAUGGACAUGGUUGUAAAUUCCACAUGAAGGAAGCACCCAGUUCUGAUCGAGAGAUGAAGUAACCAGUGCUGUCUUUUAGUUUGUUGUUGAACUUGAACCAGAGAAAGGGAACCCAAAAUGGCCUCUAGACGGUGGUCUAAAUUGGAAUCGUGGAAUGCUUGUUCUCUGUCCACCCCAUCCUGUGUGAGGAACCCAGUUCAAAUGAUUGGUUAAAAGAAAUGUUGAUCUAAUCAUUCUGUUCUUUAUUGGAUAACAUCCAAAUAAUGUUCAGUCGCAGGACAUUUGAUGACAGAGAGAGAGCUAUGGCUCCAUCCAUGAUUUCAUUCAGUUCAUUACGCCGCUAUAAGAUAGUAAACAAAAGGUGUGUCGUGGUGAUUGAAUAAAUAGGUUACAAAAACCUGCCUCUUAACUUUUUAUCUAUUAAAAAAAAAAAACGGUUUCUGUUUUCGGUACCAUUUUAUGCAAACUCUUUUCACACUACUGAGCCAAGCUGAUGGAGAUCAAGAAUAAGGUUUUAUCUGCUGUGCUUGAAGACGGCCUUGGUAAACGUGAGCUUUAUAUGGCGUGCAGAAAAUGUAACAGGGGAAGUAUUAUAUAUCGAAGUGUUUAGUAUGAUUACAGCAGGGGAAGUGUCAGUAUACUCAGUGUUACUGUUGGUGAUAAUAGUCGCCCUCCAGUGGGUGGAGGACGUACAACCUGUUAGAAUUAUAGUAUGCUCAGAUUCUCUGUCUGUCUUGAAUAGUUUAUCAUCUGGUAAAUCUGAUAGGAGUGAUUAUGAAGAAUUGAGAGAAUGGGUGUAGUAUUCUCUCAAUACUAUACGCUGCAACUCCACAACGGGCUCAGGCGAGGCGAAGGUCGCCAAGCUGUGCUUCUUAACACCCGCUCGUUUAACCCGGAAGCCAGCUGCACCAAUGUGUCAGGAAACAUCGUUAACUUAUAACCGAAGUCAGCCUACAGGCGCCCCGCUCGCCACAGAGACUCUCUAGAGCGCGAUGAGCCAAGUAAAGCCCCCCCCCCGGCCAAGCCCUCCCCUAACCUGGACGAUACUGGGCCAAUUGUGCGCCGCCCUAUGGGACUCCCGGUCACGGCCGGUUGUGACUGGGUCAAACCCCAGGCUGUAGUGACACCGCAACACUGCGAUGCAGUGCCUUCGACUGCUGUGCCACUUGGGAGGCCAGUAGUGGUAUUCUGCUGGGCCCCAGCACAUUCGGGUGUGGAAGGGAAUGUAAUUGUAGACCAGUUAGCCAAAAGAGCUUUGAAAUAAGAUAUAAUUGAUAUUAAUGUUCCACUGGGUAGAGGUGAGGCCAAAUGUAAGAUCAGAGCCAUUUUGAUAGAUGUGUGGCAGAAGAGAUGGGACUCUGAGCCCGAGGGCCGACAUUUAUAUGCCCUCUACAGAAAGGUCAGUGGACCAAGGUUCAAAGGUCAGAUUAGGAAGGAAGAGGUGGUGAUUGCGCUUAGGACAUUGAACUCAUCAUUCACAUCAGCAUGUGAAUGGUUUGUGUCUGGGGUGUACGGUCGAUGAAACGGUGGAGCAUGUGUUGUUAUAUUGUCUUAAGUAUGUUGAACAGAGGGAAAGAUUGAAGUGUAGGGUCAUUGAGGUUGGACGGGGAUUUGGAAGGGAUUUUGGGGGAUGGGGAGGGUCUAUUAGAAGUUAGUAGUGCUAUUUUUGUAUUUUCUCAGAAGUACUGAGGUAGGAGGAUUUAGAAGUUAGUAGUGCUAUUUUUGUAUUUUCUCAGAAGUACUGAGGUAGGAGGAUUUAGAAGUUAGUAGUGCUAUUUUUGUAUUUUCUCAGAAGUACUGAGGUAGGAGGAUUUAGAAGUUAGUAGUGCUAUUUUUGUAUUUUCUCAGAAGUACUGAGGUAGGAGGAUUUAGAAGUUAGUAGUGCUAUUUUUGUAUUUUCUCAGAAGUACUGAGGUAGGAGGAUUUAGAAGUUAGUAGUGCUAUUUUUGUAUUUUCUCAGAAGUACUGAGGUAGGAGGAUUUAGAAAAGUUGUAAACCGUGAUUGACCCUCCAGCAGCACAGUAGGUGGCGGCACCUUUAACGUUGGUUUGAGGACCGAGUGGUGCAGCGGUCUAAGGCACUGCAUCUCAGUGCAAGAGGCAUCACUACAGUUCCUGGUUCGAAUCCAGGCUGUAUCACAUCCGGCCGUGAUUGGGAGUCCCAUAGGGCAGGUCACAAUUGGCCCAGUGUCGUCCGGGUUUGGCCGGGGUAGGCCAUCAUUGUAAAUAGGAAUUUGUUCUUAACUGACUUGCCUAGUUAAAUAAAAAAAUAUAUACAGUUGUGGCCAAAAGUUUUGAGAAUGACACAAGUAUUAAUUUCCAUGAAGUUUACUGCUUCAGUGUCUUUAGAUAUUUUUGUCAGAUGUUACUAUGGAAAACUGAAGUAUAAUUACAAGCAUUUCAUAAAUGUCAAAGGCUUUUAUUGACAAUUACAUGAAGUUGAUGCAAAGAGUCAAUAUUUGACCCUUCUUUUUCAAGACCUCUGCAAUCUGCCCUGGCAUGCUGUCAAUUAACU